AUGGGGAGUCAACCCCAAGAGGGCCAUGGCACCCCAAGCCCAGCCAUUUUCGCGAGGAUAGUUCAAAAUCUUCCAGUACGCGCCCAUAGUAAGGCCCACGCGCAUCGCGCUCUCCAUCGCCAAAGACGGGUUGAGCCGGAGACCGCUGCUGGUGCUGACCAUGGCACCGGUGAGGAACAGAUCCGAAAUGAGUCCCAGCACCGUCAUCAGCGUGAUGGUGUUGGUCUUGCCAAGGCGCACGGGCAGCGUCUUCAUGCUGUUGUGGGUGUCCUCGGCGAUGUCGCGCGUGUCGUUGGCGGUCUCGCGGAAGAAGUGAUAGAGAAUUGCCAGGCCCAGGCUCUUGGUCCGCAGCGAUUCCUGGCUGCAUGUGGCGUUGGGGCCGUGGCAGAAGUGGAACAUCACUGCGUCUGCAGUGAAGAAACCCAUGCAGACGGCGACGAAGAGGGACUUGGCCUCGCGGAGCUAUUGAAUAUAUUAGCUGACUGA